CAGAAAGGCCAGCGGCGUGUGCACUGGCACCCUCGCACUUGCCGAUGUACCACGAUAGCCUAACGCCACCAGCGGGCGGACGACGCGGGUGCUCGAUCCCGUUCAUGUUCCUCGUGUGCGCACCCAUCAUGGCGACCAAGAUGGCAUGGGCGGCGCAGUGGGCGGGCAUCGGGCCGCUCCUCGAGAGCCUCCUCUCGAGCUGGCAAGUCCAGCUCAUCCAGUUCAUCGGCCCGGUCACUGGCAUUCUCAUUGCACCUGCCGUGGGCGCCCACAGCGAUCGCAACACGUCGCGGUACGGGCAGAGGCGGCCAUACAUGUUCUUCGGCGCGCUCGCGACCAUUGUGUGCUGGCUGCUCAUGUCGAUGAUUCCAAGCAUCGUGGCGGCCGGCCACCACGCGAGCGAGCACGAGCAGACGCUCGUCGCGGCCGCCACGAUCUUCUGCUACCUCUGGAUGGACAUUGCCGUCAACGCCGUCCAAGUCGCCUCGUACCUUCUCAUUUCGGACGUCGCCGGCGACCGCCAAGUCAUUGCGUCCUCGAUUGCGACCAUGUACUCGAUCCUCGGCCAGCUCUGCGUCUCAGUGUUCAUCUGGACCCAAGGCCCCGCGACGGGCUACAUCAAGUGGUUCUUCACGAUGCUCGUUGUCUUUAUGCUCUGCACGGUCGGGCCCGUCUGCCGCUUUGUGCAAGAGACGCCGCGUGAAAAGUACGAGCUGCCGCCGCCCACGCACCACGUCCUCCUCAGCUGUGUCUACGGCGUCAAGACGCUCCCAAAGCAACUCCUCGUCUUCUUCGCCGCCUUUGUCCUCACCGAGUACGGCUUCAUCUCGUACACGGGCGUCAAAGGUCAAUUUUUUGGCCUGCAAGUCUACGAUGGCACCAAGGCCGGCGCCGACAAGUGCGGCACCAACUGCACGUCUGCCCAGCGCCGCUACAACGACGGUGUCGCACUUGCUGGCGGCCUCACCGACAACCUCUUCAACGUCCUCGGCCUGCUCUUUGUCGGCUGCCUUCCGUACCUCGUCAAGCGCUUUGGCGCACGCAACGUGUUGCUAUACACGCUUUUGCCGCAGCUCGGCUUGGUGCUGCUCGCGCUUAUUCAUGUGGUGUGGGUCGAUGUGGUACUGGUCGUUGCGACGACUUUGACGCAGCAGACCAUCUAUUCGCUCAUCAUUCCGCUGGUUGUUUCGGUGCUCGGGACGACUGACGACAAAUCGCGCCUGGGUUUGUACUUUGGCGCGAUCAACACGGCCGUGUGUCUUGGUCAGCUGCUCAACUUUGCCGUGACGGCGCUCGUGCUCAGUGACAACGGCACCGAUUUCAGCGUCCCGAUCCUUGUCGGCGGCGUCGUCUCGGGCGCCGCCAUGGUCGUUAUCUACAAGCUUUUCCGCGUGCGACUGCAGUCGUGGUAGCUGUCGUCAACUUAUAUUAAUAUCCGUCGUGUACUUUUAUACGCGCUCUGUC